UUUGGCACUUCGCCGCACUUUGCGUCUGAGCGUCCACAGUGGUCCAAGCAAGUUAGUUUGUAGUCCGCAUGGUGCUACAGGUCCUCCGUGCAAGUAAGUUCCUUACUCUCACUACUACUUAGACUAGUACGGACAGUGCGUUUCUAGAGUUGGUGUCGCAGAGGGAAUGCACCUGUUUGCUCAUUGUCGGGAAGACUUCUCUCCGUCGGCAAAAUAGAAGAGCUACUCAUAUAGUUGUCCCUCCGGAGUUGCAGUUCUUCGCAGUUACGCAAAGCAAGAAGACAAGCGAAUUGGAUAGAGGCAACACCGAAACUGUUACCUAGGCAACACCGAAACUGUUACCCAAGGAAACGACGGAAUUGUUACCCAGGCAACAUGAAGACAUCAUCUGCUACUAGUCUCUUGCUUUUCUCUCUGUGUCUACUGGGAAGUGUGAUAUGCAUUGCCGGUGUUGAUGUCAAUAGGCACAUUGCUACCCCUACCUUCGUGGAAAGUGGGACCGUGUUGUCAACAUUUACACUGGAAAAGGCCCACAUGGCAACACCAUUCGUAGCAGCGGGUUAUGCUAUACAACAGACAGGCCAUCCAAACAUGGUUGACUUUGUUACGACUAAGGAUGUUGCUGUGAACAGCAAGAUAACCAUUAUAGCAGUGGUAGAGGAUGCAGAGCGCACUAGCUACACCUUUCGACUCGACUUGAUUUCCCGAGCUGCACCUAUUGUGACACAAGAGAGAUUGUCCGUAACCCUGUCUCAGCUUUUCCUUGAUGGGAUUUCCAUCAGCACAAAUCUAUCCAAGCCGGCAACACUCAUUCGUAACGUGAGUGUGUUGCUUAGCAACCCAGCACUUCAAAAUGUAACAGUAACAGCCAUGGGAAAGGAUGUCAAGAUGAAGUGGGAGCUACCAAGUGCUGACCUACAACUGGACAAUCCGUUCACUGUCAACGUAAUUGUUGAGGAUAAUGCUGAAGGACUAAGGUUUCCUGAUAGCACUGGCAUGUAUAACAUCACUGCCCUUCGUAAUGGAGUGUCCUCAUCAAAUGUCACCGUCUUUGUGGAAGAACCAAUUUGCCAAAGACCGGUCAUCUCUGACAAUACUGCAAUGAGUAUUAAGGAGUUGCAAGCAAUCGUCAACUCAGCGUCCUACUUACUCGGUAUGGCGUAUGAAUGCUCCGAGGGAUACGUCUUGAAUGGAACAGCCCUGCAGUUGUGCAUUGCCAAUGAAACGUUUCGACCUCCAUCACCACCCUCAUGUGCCUUGGUACAGUGUAACGUGUCCUCGGAUACAGAAUGCCGAGGAUCUACGCCUCCAGAUCCAGCAGUUUCGUUUGACUAUGGAACAAAUGUGUCGCUGUCUUGUCAACCAGAAUACAAUUUGCUUAAACCUGGUUAUCUAACUUGCAAUGCCAAUGCAACCUCAUCUACCCAUUGUCCAGUCUGUCAACCUAUUCCGUGCAAUACAUCCAGCUUUCGAACACCUGUUAAUGGUCAAAUUGUUAGGGUUCAUCACACGGUCGAGGUAAACAAGUCUCUGCCCAUCACCUGUCGCUAUGGUUACACACCAAGCACUGCCAACGCAUCAGUGCAAUGUCUUCUUGGCGAGAUUUGGCAGACCAAUAACAUAACAUGUGAAAUUAUCUCAUGUGGACAACCUUCAAACAUCUCCAACGGUAGCUACAAUGGAACGAAUUUUACCUAUAAUUCCACCGUGACGUAUUCCUGUGAUGAUGCGUACGAGAUAGCAGGAGGUCAGACAACUAGGACAUGUGGUGUGAAUGGCAAUGAGGGAAAAUGGGAAGGAGAGCCACUUAUCUGUAAAGCUAUUCCGUGCAAUACAUCCAGCUUUCCAACACCUGUUAAUGGUCAAAUUAUUAGGGUUCAUCACACGGUCGAGGUAAACAAGUCUCUGCCCAUCACCUGUCGCUAUGGUUACACACCAAGCACUGCCAACGAAUCAGUGCAGUGUCUUCUUGGCGAGAUUUGGCAGACCACUAAUAUAACAUGUGACAUUAUCUCCUGUGGACAACCUUCAAACAUCUCCAACGGUAGCUACAAUGGAACGAAUUUUACCUAUAAUUCCACCGUGAUGUAUUCCUGUAAUGAGGCGUACGAGAUAGCAGGAGGUCAGACAACUAGGACAUGUGGUGUGAAUGGCAAUGAGGGAAAAUGGGACGGAGAGCUACUGAUCUGUAAAGCGAUUCCUUGCAAGUUGGACGAAUUGAAGACAAAGAUAUCUCCGGGCAAGUUUGAAAUACAUCAGCAGACAGACACUUUGGCUGUUGGUGACAACGUCCCCAUAUCCUGCCAACGUGGGUACAAGUUGUCAUCCAGGACCAAUGUCACGUGUGAAAUCGGCUCUGUUUGGAGCAAUAUCAGUGCCAGUUCAAGGUGUGACGUCAUCACUUGCAACAGUGGCAAGAUUGAGAUAGAGAAUGGCGAGGUUGGACUAGCACACAACACAUCGGUUGGAUCAAUACGUUCACUGACCUGUGAUUCUGGAUUUGGCAAAUCACCCAGUACUUACCAGAUCAUGUGUACUGAAACUGGCCAUUGGUCUACAGCCGUGGAGUGCAGAGGUACAUUCAAAGGUGCACUGUCCAAUCCAAUCUAUCUCACUCUACUCGUCGUCUUGUUGAUCCUUGCACUUCUUGCCAUCGUGCUGGUUUCGAUUCUCGUUCACCGAUCUGUGAUACAGCGCAAUAGUCGCAAAUCGCGUCUUGUCUCUCGCCAGAGCAUGCCGCAACUCAGCGUCAUGCAACAGGGGUACACUGAGACCAGAAUUGACAAUAACACAUCAGACGGUGGCAGAGACGACGGUCGGCACAGCACUACCAACACUGGCCAACAGUCAUCUGCUGGAGAGGAUGUAGUACAAAUGAACCCCUCUACCGAUGGGUGACCUGGCGAAGAUUGCCGCUUACUUCAUACCUCAGGCCUAGGGGCGGUCAUCUCCUAACCUUGUCAGCAUUUGUUGUUUUGUUUUUGUUUCAGAUUUACAGCCUCUCAUACACACAUAUCCAGUUCAGUUAGAAUUAGGCUGUGAGAUCUUCUUUGAGCGGGCAGGAAUGGCACCAUCUCCCACGUAGGGAGCGACACAGAGAUCUUCUUUGCAUAAACUAAGAUCCCGAAUCGUUAAUUAUAUAAUUAUAGGCUUUGAGAUGUUUUUUUUUUAAAUAUUGUACUUCUAAAUUGCUUGCUUAGAGCACUGAAUACCGGCGUUACACCGUUGCUUGCUUAGAGCACUGAAUACCGGCGUUACACCGCAUGUCUCAACUGUGCUUACUCGUACCUUAUAUGUACCUUGCUGAGCUGUGCUAGAUCUGUUGCUAGGCAUGUUGCUAGGUCUGUUGCUAGGUGAAACCUGGGCUGUUCCUAGGUGAAACCCGACGAAUUGACGGUACUGGCGUUCUAACCUAACUUGCAAUCAGCUCUAGCUGCUCUCGUGUCGUGCAAUGUUAUCGCAUGAGCUGAUUGUAAAGUGGCUGGCGCUGUUAGCGGAUGUUAUGCGCAACUUGUCGCUCUUUGGUCCUCUUUCUUCUUAUUAAUCAAUGCUUGGCUCUCCACCCGAGUCUAAAUAUGCCUAGGUUCUUGCAAACACACACAACCCAAACAAACAUACACACACUCACCACACACCCAUGCACACAUACACACAAACACACACACAUACACACGCACACUUGCACACACGCACACUUGCACACACGCACAUGCGAAUACAUGUACAUGUACAUGUACUUAUUCAUGCUUUUACAGGGUCAGUUUAUUAUUUUGACGACAACGUCAUAAAGCAGAUCCUUUUUGCAUUGCACACUUUUUCAAGGCAAAUGCCCUCCAUAGCUAUCGAUCUCUUAUGCGAAACGCAAAAGUUUCAUUUGCGGGUAGGUGGGUUGAGGAGAGUUUGCUUCAUUCUGAAAUUAUUGAUAGCUGAAGGGUCAAUCCAUUCUAGCUGUCAAGUCAUUA